UAAUGUCGCUAACCAUUCCGAAAAGCUUCACUUCCUUGGUAACUGGAAUAUGGCGGCGUAAAUGGAAGAUCUUGAUCGAAAGGUCCUUAUGACAACUACCUCACAGCAUUGGCAAUACGUUUAACGUAGACGAGUGUUUUAUUUGUUGUCAAAAUGGCGUCAGCAGCAUCAUCAAGGGAUCCAAGGGAACUUUACCUUCUCAAGCAGAAAGCGGCAAAGUACUAUGAAGAAAAUGGAGUCCCAGCUAAAAUGGAAGAAAUUUUAAAUUCUAUGUUUUAUGAAGACCCUUCAGAUGUGUAUGGUCAUUUGGUCAAUUUCUUCAGCCAAUUCACAAAAGCUGCUCUGCUGAGCAAAUUGUGUGCGACACAGGUAUAUGAUGCAACAGGAAUGCCAACUGUUCAGACUGAUGUGAUCUGCACCAUGAACAAUAAGGAUAAGCAUGUGAUUUCCUCCACAAUUCCAAGUGCUAACAUCAAAACACGGCCAGAAGACCGGGAGAAGGCAGAGUUGGAGGCAUGCGACUCUGUGGCUGCAGCUGUGAAGUUGAUCAGCUCAACCCUCAGUAGUCAGCUGUGUGGCAUGGACCCAGUGCAGCAAGCUGAGAUAGAUGGUCUCGUGCUAUCUGUAAUUGAUAAACUGAAAGAGGAGGACUUAGCUCAAAAAGCUCAAGAAGAACAAAACAGGGAAGAUGUGUCCCCACCACCACCUCCUGCUGAUGAUAAGGAUAAAAAGAAGUCUGCAAAAGAUAAACAGAAGAAAGAGGAGAAACAAGAAGAGAAACCUGGGAAAAGCAGUGCACCUGUGAAUGUAAUUCCUGAACGGCCGCCUGAGUUGUUUGUUGCUGGAAGUGAAGCAGUAGCUGCCGUCAGUCAAGCUGUGUGUGCAUGUGCAGCUGCUGCUCAAGGCAUUCCGUUGUAUCGCCAUGUCUCCAACAUAGCAAGAACAAAGGUGGGCGAGAAUAUGGGGUUUUUGUUUUGA